GGGAAGGGGGAUUGUGUAGGCCCAAUAGGCUGUUCAGUGCUGCCUGCCGGUGCCGGGAGCUGGUGGUGAGGUGCCUCCGCAGCGACAGGACCGGACCGUGAACCCGGAGACUGUACACACAGAGGGGAAGGACGCACAGGAUGGAGCGGAUGUCUGAGGAGGCGCUCAGGCUGAACCUGCUGAAGAGGGGGUUAGACUCCAGUGAGCGCGAUGAGGCUCUGGCCAAGCGGCUGAAGAUGGAGGGCCACGAGGCCAUGGAGCGCCUCAAGAUGCUGGCACUGCUGAAACGGAAAGACCUUGCUGAUCUAGCAGGUCUGGAUGUGGCAGGACCCCUUGGAGACGGGAAGGGCCCUGGAGCUAGCACCUUGCACCACCAAAGCACCAUGGCUACUGGCUCUUAUGAGGAGAAGAUAAAUGGGAGCCUGCGGCUUGGGGGACACAGCAGCCAUGCUGUACAGACCAAGAAUGGAAAGGAGAAUAUCCUGGAUGAACCAGUGGAUAUGAGUGCUGGGAGAAGAGGUGAUGCAGACCAUGUAAGAAGAACCCCAUCACCCGAUGUCAUUAUUUUGUCAGACAAUGAAGCAUCCAGCCCAAGAGCAACUCCUCGUCCCGAAGAGAAAAUGCACCGUGCCAACCUCGAAAUGUUUAAGGGUAAAACUGGAGAGGAGCGGCAGCAGAUGAUCAAAGCCCUGAGAGAGGAGCUGCGUCUGGAGGAGGCCCGUCUGGUGCUGCUCAAGAAGCUCCGCCAAAGUCAGAUGCAGAAGGAGAACAUGGUGCAGAAGGUGCCAGUGGUCCAGAAUGCUAGCUCUGCCCAGCCUCCACCACUGCACAGCUCUUCAGGACUCAGUAAGCUGCCAGCGCGCCCCGGCAUGCACAACCCAGAGCCCCAGAACCUACGCACUGCUCAGGGCCACACAGUCAUCAGGUCAGCGGCCAAUGCCAGCUUGCCUCCGAUGCUGAUGUCUCAGCGAGUGAUUGCACCUAACCCUGCCCAGUUACAUGGACAGAGAGGACUGUCCAAGCCUGGCAUGGGCCGCUCCAGCAGCAUGGCUAACGCUGUCAGCUACCAGGCGGGUCAGCAGGUGUCAUCUCAACACUCCAGUUCCAGUGCCAUCUACAUGAACCUGGCCCAUAUGCAGGCAGCAGCUGCAGCGGGUGCAGGGGCUCUAGGUGGGGCCUCUGCCGUCAGUCCGUCCACUGGAGUGGGUGGUAUAACUGACCAAGCCAGCAGCCAAGCAGCAGCCAAACUGGCUCUGAGAAAACAACUAGAGAAAACCCUCCUGGAGAUCCCACCACCUAAACCCCCGGCCCCACUCCUUCACUUCUUGCCCUCUGCGGCCAACAGUGAGUUUAUUUACAUGGUAGGACUGGAGGAAGUGGUGCAGAGCGUCCUUGAUAGUCAGGGUAAAUUCAGAGGGUCAUUGUCCCGCAUGGAGCCUUUUUUCUGCGCCCAGUGCAGAACUGACUUCACACCGCACUGGAAGAGGGAAAAGACUGGACGGAUCCUGUGUGAACAAUGCAUGACGUCCAAUCAGAAGAAGGCUUUGAAGGCUGAACACACCAACCGACUGAAGAAUGCGUUUGUGAAAGCGCUCCAGCAGGAGCAGGAGAUCGAGCAGAGGCUGCAGCAGCAGGCCACGCUCUCCCCCAGCUCCUCCUCAACUGGCUCCAACUCUUCAAAGACAGACUCAAUGAUUCGACACCAUGCACUCCGCCAGGCAUCCCAGCCUCAAGCCCAGGCGUCCCUCCAGCGAGGCCUGUCAAACUCUGCUCGAGGUGUCCUGUCAAACUUCGCCCAGGCCUCCCAGCUGUCUGUGGCCAGCAGCCUCAUGGGUAUGACCAGUGCUAAGCAUUGUGGCAGUGGGAGCAGCAGUAGCAGCAACAGACUCCAACAUGAUAGCCAUCGUCAGAUAUACAACAUCCCAGGACUAAAUAUUGCGUACCUGAAUCCAGCGGCCGUCGGUGCCCACAAGAGCUCCAGCCUAGCAGAUCGACAGAGAGAGUACCUGUUGGACAUGAUCCCACCACGCUCCAUAUCACAGUCCAUUACUGGACAGAAAUGAGCCCUGUUUGCCCUCUGAGCCACACUAAAGCACUCCCAAUCAGCCAAACCCCAGCCUCCCCGACGCAUGCAGUGCCUGUCGUGUGCCUACCUUAACCACCCCAUAAGUUCCUGCUCAGACAAAGUCACUUAAUUGUCUUGGCAUUUCAGAGUUCUUUACUGUAGUUAAAAUUAUUUGUCCAUAUUAUUCAUAUCAUUCUUAGUAGCACUAUUAUUGUACUUAGAACUUUUUUUUUCCUCAGUUACUAUUGUAUUCAUUAUGUGUUUCACUUUUUACUUGCUGUACCAUGACUUGUUAGAAGUUAUGGUAAAUCAUGGAGGUCUGCUGAGGCUUUCAUCAUAGGAUGUCUUCUCCAUUCAUUUAGCCCUAGCUUCAUUGUGAGUGUUGUUAGGAACAAGAUCAACAGGGUGCAUUCUCGUUGCUAUGCAACAUUUAACAAUCUGAAAACCUUU